ACGUUGAGCUUAUAAAUGACAAGGUGACAGUUUGUCCCAUCCUACAUUCAUUUACUGCCGCUGUGUGCGAGAGCAGCUAAUUCCGGACCCUCCGAAAGCCGUAACAAAAAGCUUCCAGCCAUGUACGCCUGCGCCAAGUUCGUCACUUCUCCUGCUGUGCUGCGUGGGGGGUCCAGAGUCCUCGCCCGGCCGGUCUCAGUCUCCCUCUUCAACAGACCUGAAGCCACAGUGGAGCAGCAGUCCCUGUUGCCAGUCAGCCAGUCUGCAGUCCUGACCCGCUCCUUCCAGACCAGCGCCAUCUCCCGGGACAUCGACACUGCUGCCAAGUUCAUUGGUGCUGGUGCUGCCACAGUGGGUGUGGCCGGCUCAGGAGCUGGAAUCGGAACAGUGUUCGGCAGCCUCAUCAUUGGCUAUGCCAGGAACCCCUCCCUGAAGCAGCAGCUCUUCUCCUACGCCAUCCUGGGUUUUGCUCUGUCUGAGGCUAUGGGUCUCUUCUGUCUGAUGGUGGCGUUCCUCAUCCUCUUCGCCAUGUAAAAAACCUGGAACCACACCCGCAGUUCCACUCCCUUCACUUACCCCUUCUUCCCUGUCUCCUUUCCUCCCUUCUCCCUUCCUUCAAUCUGGAGAGGGGUUUCCUGUACGGGAGCUCUGAAUGAGCUGAAAGGCCGUUCCAAUCAGAAAAAAUAUAAAUGGAAACGCAUUUACAUCUGAAGUUAUCAAACCUCCAAUCCUACAUUUUUAUGUUCCUACGCUUAUUUUUGUUUUUCAAAAGUUUUAUGUAAGACCUCACUUCAGUUGAAAAUAAUCUGUCCAAAAUAAAUGGUUGGGAUAACUAAACGGUA